AUGAGAGGAGCUUCUCAAGAAGGAUGGUCCGUUCCCGUAAACAGGUGCUUGACAACGAUAUGUUCGAGCUGCGAUGAUGAUGUCCUUCACAAUGCCACCACAGAGGACUGCAAAGUCAAUGCUCUUGGCAAAGUUCAAUCUGUUUUACAUUGGAGGCGACUGUUUAUACUGUACGAUAAUACAACAGAGUCCGGCUUGGACAGUUUGAUUGACCAGCUGUCUAUCCGGACACAGUCCAUAUCCUACCAACUCCUGAACAUCUCACAUUGGUACCGGAACAUCACUAAGCUGCUCUCUACAGACGCUGCAUACACGGAUCCCAUGAGACGAAUAAUCCUGUUCUGUGGGGAAACAUGUAUUUCGCGUGUAUUGGCUAUGGUGACGUCCCUGUCUCCUCAUGAAAGUCGUCCAGGCUACCUACAGCACUUCUCCAUGUGGGUGAUGGUAACUGGUGUAUCUGCCCGACACAGACUGAAUACCACAACGCUGGCCAAUGUGUUGCUGGUAGAGGCGCCAUGUUCAGAACAGUCGCAGAACGCUGCUUAUACCCUAAUGUACAGCGCAAUGGGACGCAGAUGGGAGAACGUGGACUUAAGUGAGGGAUCGGUUCUGUCACAGGAGCACGUUUUGUUUCCAAACAGAAAAAAUGGUUUCAAUGGAAGAAAGCUUCUUUUGGGAACCAUGCCAUGGUACACGUUCGUUGAGAGAGUGCCUGAUGGAAGCUAUCGUGGCUACUGCAUCGAUGUGUUGAAGGAGGUGUCAAGACUUCUCAACUUCACGUACACGUUUAUAGAGCCAGCCGACGGAGAGUGGGGCAAUAACGUCGGCACUACCUGGACCGGACUUGUUGGCCAGCUUCAGAGGAAGGAAGUUGAUAUGAUUGUAGCUCCAAUAAUCUCUGACUAUUUCCGAGAAGAGGUUGCCGACUUUGGCCAGCCGGCGAUCUACUAUGAAUACACAGACAUCCUGUACUUCCUCGAGCAGUCUUCUCAUUUAACAUCAAUAUCCUUUCCGCUGCAACCUCUUGUCAUCGUGUGCUUGUUGGUGUCCGUUGUCGUCGUGGCGAUGCUGCUCUUGCUGAUGGAGAAGACUUUGGUUAGAGGCACCAAUGCUGAUUCCUCUCUCUCGUCAUGUGUCAUGUGUGUCAUUUUCACCGGGGGUGCGAUACUAAGACAAGGAGCAUCCAGUCUUCCACAGAGUAUCUCAGGUCGAAUUUUGACAUCCAGUUGGUGGAUGUUCUCCAUUGUCAUCAUGGCCGUCUACUGUGGUAAUAUAGUAUCCAUGCUCACUUCAAGCAAGGCCACCAGACCCUUCAGCACACUAGCUGAACUACUGCAGAACACGGAAUAUACGUUUGGAGUUCUUGGGGGGUCAACUACCGUCAUGCAACUUAGUUCGACGUCCGAUCCCAUCCUUCAAUCGUUUUGGAGCAAAGUUAAGAUCUUUAAUCAAUCUGACCAGGAUGUCUUGAGUUCAAAGAAUGAUGUGCAUAUUUCCAAGGUCAUGAGAGAGAAGUAUGCAUUUCUCGCUGGUCGAUCUGAUCGCCCUUCUGAUGCUGGGUGCAAUCUGACCUUUUUAGGUCGGGAAAUAUAUCCCAUCACCUAUCAUAUUGGCUUUGUGGAAGGAUCCAACUUGAAACCACUAGUAGAUUAUAGUCUCAGUGAGAUGACAUCUCAGGGUCUCCUUGGUCGCUUGAAGACGCAAUGGGGACUAGAUACCCCUCAGCAGUGCCAGCUCUCUGUGAGAAGGAAGACGUUUUCUAUGUUUGACUUUUACCUACCACUGUACAUUGUCGGCUCUGGAGUGGGAGUGAGCUGGUUGGUGCUAAUUCUAGAAUUCAUGUAUUCACGACUGAAGUGUUCAUGGAAUAUACUCAAAGCGUGAAACUGAUUCAUGUAGUGGAUUCUGGAGAGAGAGUGAGUGAGUGAGUUUAAUUUUACGCCGCAUUCAGAAAUA